CCGAGGUAAAAAAAAAGAAAGAGAGAGAGCAUCUUGUCGUGUGGCUGGGCCACGGCCGAGAUGGAGGAUGGAGAGGAUGCUGUACAACGAGAUCCAUGCGAGCAUGCUGGGCAACCACACCAUUUUCCCUCCCAUAAUUGCCGACACUGGUAGUCCGGAAGGGGUGCAGUUGCCAAGGCGAGGAGCGGGAGGCGGGGAAUUUGUCGGAAGUGAAGCCGGCGGUGAUGGCGGCGCGGACGACCGUUCUUCGGCUAGGGACUCUGAUCAAAAUGCAGGUAGCAGGGCUGGAGGCCGAAAGCGGAAGAAUGUACGUCGGCAGACUUUCGAGGCAAUCACUGAUGUGAUGGACCGGCAUGGGCAACUCAUGGCGUCGACGAUCGAUUCGUCGAGCAAGCGGCAGUGCAAUAUCUUGACCAGGCAAUGCGACAUACUGGAGCAGGAGAUAGCGGUUCAGGGAGCGCAUUAUGCGACAUCCGACGAAACACAGAAGAUGAUGAGCCACGCUCUCAUGGAGAUCGCUGCCGCCGUUCGUGGUCGUUCGACGAUCAGUGAAGCGCUGCAGGACGUAGUAGCGCAGCGUCAGGCAAGGCCAUGUCUCCAAGGGGCGGAUGCGGUUCUCGUGCACGCGGCAAGAAGCGUGAUGCACCUCAUGACGACGGCAAGUGAUGAAGGCGAAAAAGGAUCGCCGAGACGGCGCGUCAUUCAACGGCGCAGAACGGACGGGGAUGGGUGGGGAAGGCUAAGCGGGACCGAUGAUAAUGACGUCUUCUCGACAGGCGCUCCUGACGUUCAGCCGCCGCCACUGCCGUCGAACGUUCAUGCAAUCGCUGGGGGGUCAUUUGCGCAGGCAACGACUCACGACGAGCGCAUCAUCAACGUUGAAGUGAAUGAAGACGCGCGGUUGGACGAAGGCCAAGGCGGCGCGGUGCCCGAACGUAGCGCAAUGCAGCCGGUUACACUGCCGACAACGCCACGUCAGCAGCACGCAGUUGUGGCCACAGGGGGGGCGACGCCCAGACAGGCAGUCCCACUGCCGGCAACGCCACGUCAGCAUUGCGCGGGCGAUAAUGUUGGAUCUGGUGUUGCAGCCAGCACUGCGACGGCGGUGGAGCCGCCGCAACCCCGCCACGCAGGUGCGGACGUGGGAGUUGUGGCAGGAGCACCGCGGGGGGCGACAGGGGAAGGCCGCAGGGGAGAGGACGUGGCGAGCGCAACGAAGGUUGCGCGUGCGGAGAAGAAGAGGGCGGGUGAGGAUGACGAACCUCUCGUCAACAGGGUGCGCAAAGGCGGACUGGCAAAAGAUCUGGCGGAGCGGGCGAGACUGUGGGUCGACGACAAAUCAUUCUGGACGUCAGGGGAGGGGCGCAAACUCUACAAUAUCAUCAACGAGACAUGUGAGCACCUCGUCUCCGUCGCAAGUGGGCUUCCACUCCUGAACGUCCCGAGAAGCGUCGCCAUGCUCACAUCCAACAUCGCGCAGAUCAGGAUCGCGAAUGCAGGGCACCCCGCCGUUUGCGCGCGCACACUGGACAUGGGGAUGGACCUCCCAUUGUGGUUUGUUGGGGUGUACAUCGAAGACAGGGCGGCAAACGACGAGAUGGCGGCGUACCAGGAGGCAAUUGUGAUGCGGCUGACCGCGGCAUUCAGCACGGCGAUCGAAACGACCCAAAACGUCGAUUGGGGACGCGUUGCACAUAAACGUCUAUCUCGUCUAGUUGAAAGCUUCAAGGAGCUGUUGGCGGCGUGCAUGUGGAUCAUGCGAAUGGCGGGAGAUGAUCUGCGCUCGCACUACGAAGCCUUCUACUUCACCAACAUGCUCGCCAAGCCCCUGCUCGUCGCGUCCAUGCACCGUUUGUUCAAUCGUCGACGGCACAUCAUGUCCGCAGCCAACUCCGCGACCGAACGGCUGGGGAAGGCGCAGGUGACGUUGGGGCACUCCCCGAACUUCCUGCCGAACUGGGUGCCUUGCGGCAUUAAGUUCCAACAUGACGCCAACUUGUCAGGGCCCGACGAGGCGAGAGGGCUUCAGUGGUUGGGGACAAGGCCAGCCGCCGACGACGACGACGAAGAUGACGAGUAGGAGGAGGAGGAGUGAAAGUGGAAAGGGGGGUGUGCGGCGAGGACGAACAUGACGAUA